AUGUCAGGGAACUGCUCCAAAAUGUUUCCUGCUCUAAAUUUGCUUCUCUUUCCUCAUCUGCUCUUACUGGCAACGACUUCAUAUUCUCACUCACUGCCACUCAGCAACGAAACUGAUCACAAUGCCUUGCUAGCAUUCAAGGCAGGUCUAAACUACCAGUCAGAUGCACUGGCCUCAUGGAACAUAACCACUGACUUGUGCAAGUGGCGUGGUGUCAUGUGCAGCCUCAGGCAUAAGCGAAGGGUAUUGGCACUGAAUCUCUCCUCGACUGGGCUUUUUGGGUACAUAACCCCUUCCCUCGGGAACCUCACGUACCUGAGAAGUUUAGACCUCAGCUACAAUCUGCUACACGGCGAAAUCCCACGGGCGAUUGGCCAGUUGACGCAAAUGUCAUAUCUUGACUUGUCAAAUAACUCACUCCAAGGUGAAAUGCCUUGGACAAUUGGGCAGUUACCACAGUUAACUUACCUAUAUCUAUCAAACAAUUCACUUCAAGGGGAGAUCACACAUGGCCUGUGGAACUGUACUCACCUUGUAAGUAUCAAACUUGACCUGAACAAACUCGAUCGAGAAAUCCCUGAUUGGCUUGGUGACUUGCCAAGGAUAGAGACCAUUUCAAUAGGGAAGAACAGCUUCACUGGGAUCAUCCCACCAUCACUUGGGAACCUCUCAUCGCUGCGGAGAUUAUACCUCAAUGAAAACCAGCUGAGUAGCCCAAUCCCUGAGAGCCUUGGCAGGCUUGGUAAGCUUGAGGCAAUAGCACUGCAAGUAAACCAACUCUCAGGAAACCUUCCAACAAUGCUCUUCAACAUUUCAUCCCUCAUCCUCGUUGGUCUCCAAAUGAACCAACUGCAUGGCAGACUGCCCCCCAAUUUGGGCAAUGGCCUGCCACACAUCCGAUACCUUAUCCUUGCUUUGAACCAUUUCACGGGAAGUAUUCCAGCUUCAAUUGCAAAUGCAACUACAAUCCAAUCGAUGGACCUCACUGGUAACAACAUUGCCGGAGUCGUGCCUCCAGAGAUUGGAACACUCUGCCCAAAAUACCUGAUUCUUAAUGGAAACCAGCUAGAGGCAACCACUGUUCAAGACUGGGGGUUCAUCACUUCCCUGACAAAUUGCACAAGCCUUCGUUGGGUCACAUUGCAAAACAACAAGUUUAGUGGUGGGUUUUCGCGCUCUAUCGCAAACCUAUCAGGGCAACUCGAAGCCCUAGACAUCAGAUACAAUGGGAUAUCGGGCAAGAUACAAAUUGGCAUUGGCAACUUUCCCAAACUAUUCAAGCUAGGGCUAUCUGGCAAUCAGUUAACCGGCCCCAUACCGGACAGCAUAGGAAGACUGAACAUGCUCCAGUUCUUGACACUAGAGAAUAACCAACUCUCUGGGAUGAUGCCGCCCUCACUCGGGAACUUAACACAAUUGCAGCACCUUUCAGUAGAUAACAAUAUGUUGGAGGGACCUCUUCCAAUGAACAUUGGAAAUUUACAACGACUUGUCAACGCAACCUUUUCGAACAAUGCGCUUUCAGGUCCAUUACCGGGACAAAUCUUUAGCCUGUCAUCCUUGUCAUACGUUCUGGACUUGUCGAGGAAUCAUUUUAGUAGUUCCCUUCCAUCCCAGGUUGGUGGUCUUACAGAGCUCACAUACUUGUACAUCCAUGAGAACAACUUGUCUGGGCUGCUGCCAGAUGCUCUCAGCAAAUGCCAGAGUUUGAUGGAGCUCCGUUUGGAUAAUAACUACUUCGACGAUAUGAUUCCUUUGUCCGUAAGUAGAAUGCGAGGCUUGACACUGCUGAAUUUGACCAAAACAAGCUCACAGGAGGAAUCCCUCAAGAGUUAG